GGGAGGGCAGCGCAGGAGGGAGCGCGGGGGGAGUCCAAGAAAAGCCAGAGCGCCCCCGACGACCCCAGCGUCCCGGAGCCCGAGUCCAGAGCUCGAGGCCGGCGGGUGGUCAGCAAGAGAAGGCGGCGUCGGAGCGGAAUCCGCUGUGUGCGCCCCCGCGCCGCCCGGCCGGCUGCCGCGGAGGGAAUCGGAGCUGCCGGGCGGCCGGGCCGAGAGAAGGAAGAGAAGGCGGCUGGGAGAGCUAGAGGUCCUGCAACGAGAAGGAGCCCGCGCUUGGUCUCGGGCCGCGCUCCGUGCGCCUCUCGCGGAUUCCCUGCAAGGAUCCCUUGCACCAGACCUACCGGGGACUUUCUGCCCAAUUGCCCCAGACUCCGGCAGCGGGGCCCCCGAUGGCACUGGGCACCUCCCUGUGAAACCUGCCAAGCUGGACACCACAGCUCUGCACGACAACACUUCGGCCAUCCCUGUGCCCCCUUCAGAGGCGUGCAGCCAUGCAGUCCUAGCCUGCAGCCCUGGCAUCCCCGAGGAACACUAUGUAAGCGAGGCAGUGGAAGAUGCUCCCAGCUACAAAGGGUACCGGGAUGCCUGCACCAUUACUGACGUGUGCAACAGCACUGACCUUCCGGAGGUGGAGAUCAUUAGCCUGCUGGAGGAGCAGCUGCCCCAUUAUAAGUUAAGAGCCGACACCAUCUACGGUUAUGACCACGACGACUGGCUCCAUACGCCCCUCAUUUCUCCAGAUGCCAACAUCGACCUCACGACCGAGCAAAUUGAAGAGACGCUGAAGUACUUCCUUUUAUGUGCUGAAAGAGUUGGCCAGAUGACUAAAACAUAUAAUGACAUAGAUGCUGUUACUCGUCUUCUUGAGGAGAAAGAACGGGAUUUAGAAUUGGCUGCUCGGAUUGGCCAGUCGUUGUUGAAGAAGAACAAAACGCUAACUGAGAGGAACGAGCUGCUGGAGGAGCAAGUGGAGCACAUCAGGGAGGAGGUGUCUCAGCUCCGACAUGAGCUGUCCAUGAAGGACGAGCUGCUUCAGUUCUACACCAGUGCUGCAGAGGAGAGCGAGCCCGAGUCCGUUUGCUCAACCCCGUUGAAGAGGAAUGAGUCGUCCUCCUCAGUCCAGAAUUACUUUCAUUUGGAUUCUCUUCAGAAGAAGCUGAAGGACCUCGAAGAGGAGAACGUUGUACUUCGAUCAGAGGCCUGCCAGCUGAAGACGGAGACUAUCACCUACGAAGAGAAGGAGCAGCAGCUGGUCAACGACUGCGUGAAGGAGCUGAGGGAUGCCAAUGUCCAGAUUGCCACUAUCUCCGAGGAAUUGGCCAAGAAGACUGAAGAUGCUGCCCGCCAGCAAGAGGAGAUCACACACCUGCUCUCACAAAUAGUUGAUCUGCAGAAGAAAGCAAAAGCUUGCACGGUGGAGAAUGAAGAGCUCGUCCAGCACCUGGGAGCCGCUAAGGAUGCCCAGCGGCAGCUCACGGCCGAGCUGCGUGAGCUGGAGGACAAGUAUGCAGAGUGCAUGGAGAUGCUUCAUGAGGCACAGGAGGAGCUGAAGAACCUGCGGAACAAAACUGUGCCGAACACCACGUCCCGGCGCUACCAUUCUCUGGGCCUGUUUCCCUUGGACUCCUUGGCAGCGGAGAUCGAGGGGACAAUGCGCAAGGAGCUGCAGAUGGAAGAGCCUGAGUCUCCAGAUGUCACCCACCAGAAGCGAGUCUUUGAGACUGUGAGAAACAUCAACCAAGUGGUCAAGCAGAGGUCUCUGACCCCUUCCUCCAUGAAUAUCCCCGGCUCCAACCAGUCCUCGGCCAUGAACUCCCUCCUCUCCAGCUGCAUCAGCACCCCCAGGUCCAGCUUCUACGGGAGCGAUGUCAGCAAUGUCGUCCUCGACAACAAGACUAACAGUCUCAUCCUGGAGACAGAGUCGACUGAUCCAGGAAAUGACGACCGGACUAAGAAGCCGGGGACACCGGGCACCCCCGGCUCCCACGACCUGGAGACGGCGUUGAGGCGGCUGUCCCUCCGGCGGGAGAAUUACCUCUCGGAGAGGAGGUUCUUUGAGGAGGAGCAGGAACGGAAGCUCAGGGAGCUGGCGGAGAAGGGCGAGCUGCUCAGCGGCUCCCUGACGCCCACGGAGAGCGUCAUGUCCCUCGGCACGCACUCCCGCUUCUCCGAGCUCACCGGCUUCUCCGGCUUCUCUGGCAUGUCCUUCAGCAGCCGCUCCUACUUGCCCGAGAAGCUCCAGAUUGUGAAGCCACUGGAAGGUUCUGCCACCCUUCACCACUGGCAGCAGUUGGCCCAGCCUCACCUUGGGGGCAUCCUGGACCCCCGGCCCGGUGUGGUCACCAAGGGCUUCCGGACCCUGGACGUUGACCUGGAUGAAGUGUACUGCCUGAACGACUUAGAAGAAGACGACACAGGUGGCCACAUUCCCCUCCCAGGCCUAGCUACCUCCACGCCAGCUCAGCACCCAGAGACCUCAGGUGAGAGGUCCCGAGCACAUGUGACUGUCUCAGGCAGCAGAAGUUUCCCAAGCCCGCCUCAGGCUUUCCUAGAGGAGAUGCAGAAGCCACCAGCGGCCACGGAGGAGGAGGAGGAGGAGGGGUCUGCGCACCACCCUGGGAAGUGCAUGUCACAGACCAACUCCACCUUCACCUUCACCACCUGCCGUAUCCUGCAUCCUUCAGACGAGCUCACCCGGGUCACACCAAGCCUUAACUCAGCCCCAACUCCAGCUUGUAGCAGUGCCGGCCACUUGAAGUCCACACCCGUGGCCACGCCAUGCACUCCCCGGAGACUGAGCCUGGCCGAGUCCUUCACUAACGUCCGUGAGUCCACGACCACCAUGAGCACGUCUCUGGGGCUGGUGUGGCUGCUGAAGGAGCGGGGCAUUUCUGCGGCCGUGUACGACCCGCAGAGCUGGGACAGGGCCGGCCGGGGCGCCCUCCUACACUCGUACCCCCCCAGGAUGGCUGCCAUCCCCUCCACCCCACCCAACUCACCUAUGCAGACGCCCACGUCUUCCCUGCCCCCCUUCGAGUUCAAGUGCACCAGCCCUCCCUACGACAACUUCCUGGCUUCCAAGCCAGCCAGCUCCAUCCUGAGGGAGGUGAGGGAGAAGAAGAAUGUCCGUAGCAGCGAGAGCCAGACAGACGUAUCCGUCUCCAACCUCAACCUCGUGGACAAAGUCAGGAGGUUCGGCGUGGCCAAAGUGGUGAACUCGGGGCGAGCCCACGUCCCUGCCUUGACUGAGGCCCAGGGACGUGUCCUCUGUGGGGCCCCAGGGCCAGCGCACGUCCUGGUCCCCGAGGGCCUGCCUCUCGGGUGCCCCACCGUCACGAGUGCCAUCGGGGGGCUGCAGGUCAGCAGCGGCAUCCGGAGGAACCGGAGCUUCCCCACCAUGGUGGGGUCCAGCAUGCAGAUGAAGGCCCCCGUGACACUCACCUCAGGCAUCUUGAUGGGUGCUAAGCUCCCCAAGCAAACUAGCUUACGGUGAGGGUGGGAGGGGGCGCUCCCCCGGGGGGGCCAGCAGCUCCCGCUUGCUCCCCGCCACCCCCUCUUCCCCACGCAGUGUGCGCUCUCCGUCCCCCUUCCUGGCCCACCCCCAGCUAGACAAAAUCAACUGUGUGCCUAACGGGGAAGACGUGAACUUUGUAAAAUGUGUACAUAGGACUUGGAGACCUCGUGUCUGCUCCGAGCUUCCUCCGGAGUCCGUGGGAAGCACCCCAGCACCGUCACUGCUCUCACAAAGACUUCCCGUGUGCUGACCUGGGGGAAGGUGCGUGUCCUCUGUUCCUUCCUUCCUUUCGAGAAACACUGAAACUACCAAGCGUGUUCUUAUCCCAUGGAUAGGAACCCAGUGAAUGCCGUGGCUGGCUGAGCCCGUGUCUCAGAACGCAAGCUGUGUCUCUGGUGGCUCGGAUCAUGCUGCAUCUGCCUCCUGGGUAUCGUCAGACACUGCCCACCCUGGCGAAUGCAAGGAGCCUCUGUCCUGGGUUACAGGCCAUCACAGUCAGAGAGGUUUUCUUGCUUUUGUGGGCAGCCCAGCCUCUCAGAGACCUUCACUUCUCUGCCUCGCCAGACGGGGUCCGUUCUCUUUUGAGGUGUGACGUUCCCUUCCAUGCCUUCAACUUGAAGUCCGUGUUUUGUAAUCAGCGGUCAGGCCAAACGGCUGACCCGAAAGAGAAUGUAUUUUACACUCCCGCUGCACACACUCGGCAGCACCCCCAUGUUCCGUGUGACUUGUUUUUAUUUUUCCAUUUUUUUAUAUGCAGGGAAGUAAUGGUACUGGCUGGGAAGUAGCACUGAAUGUUCUCUCUGUGGUUCUAUGGCACCGAAAUACAAAUUUCAAACACACCAAACAGCCUAUGAGCUAGCAGCUUAUUUCUGGGACCCAGUGUCACAACCAGCUUGUUUAAGACCAGACCCAAGACAACGUCAAUGAUAGGAUUAAAAGGAAAAGGGGUGGGGAGAUAGGUUGUAAAAGAAAUGUGUCAGCACAGUAAAGGGGAAGAACCACAAGCAAAUAGAAUAACAAUCUGGUUCGGAAAAGAAAGGAGGCUUUGGAAUUUCCCUGUCCUUACUGGGAAAUGUGCUUUUGUUUGCAUAGCCUUUUGUUACAGCCGUUUGAUACCACACGUUUUGCCCUCUUGUUUCAGAACUGGGGGGUGGUCACAGCAAGACUCCCCCCACCCCCAUACCCGAGAGCCCUUUCUCUCCUUGUGCCACUUUUUAUCCUUAGGAAAGAUAGAGAUGCUUACGAAGAGGGCCAUGAAUGAGCAAGGGAGCUGGUCCUGUGGCUGUUUCCAGCUAAGUUUUAUUGUGUAUUAUAUGUGUGUGUGUGUGUGUGUGUGUCUGUAUUUUAAACAAACGCCUUCCCUCCUUUCCAGCUCCUGUCACAAUGUCUCUGUGGUAUUCUAUUCCAAGCAGAUAACUUAUUUAUUAUAAUCUGAGGACAACCCUGUACAUCACAGUGUUCUGUGGCCAUUUGUUCCAAACAUUUAUGGAAGGGUAGCAUUGUAUGUGAGCAAAAUUGUCACCCUGGCCCCCACCCCCUGCCCCAGCAAGGGAUGUGUCCUUUAACUGAGUGAGGGCAACUUUAUGUCCACCGGGGAUACUUCGAGAAGGUCCCCAGGAGCAAGCUUCAGUCCCAAAUUUCAGGCUAUUUAUUCUCUGAAUGCGAGGGUGUUGGCUAAUUAUGUUCUCAACCCUCCUCGCUGUUGUAUGUGUGUGCCACUGCAAGUAACUUAUAUCUUUUUAUUUGAAUGUAUUUUAAAGCAGUAGAUAGAAUAGUAAAGGAACAUGGAAAACAUGGACAAAAUGGACUACUUUAUGAAUCCAGAAAGAGGAGCCACCCAUCCUCACAAAGGAAAUUCCAGUGUAAACAUCGGCAAUUUGGAGGUUACAGUAUUUAGUAUAGUAAACAAAUAAAUUAUAAACAUUGUGCAACCACUACCAAAAAGUGUGUUGUAAUGCAUCAAAAAAUCCACAAUAAAAUUUUAUCCACUAAUGAGUAUCAAUAAAAUAAGUUCAAAUGAUGGAA